AUGGACAGUGCCAACGUCGAUAGAAAUGUGGGCUCAAAGAAAACGCGUAGCGGUAUUUUAAAUAAAUCCUUUAAAGUGAAUACAAUGCCGGCGCCGUCGAAAGGCGCUAAUCGGGUGCCAAAAUGUGCGCGUUGCCGCAAUCAUGGCAUCAUCUCCGAGCUGCGUGGUCACAAGAAGCUAUGCACCUACAAAAAUUGUAAAUGUGCAAAGUGCGUGUUGAUCUUCGAACGGCAGCGUAUUAUGGCGGCGCAGGUUGCCCUGAAGCGUCAACAGGCGGUGGAGAAUGCCAUUGCGCUGCGCCUGAUGGCCACCAAGACGGGCAAACAAAUGGAUGCGUUGCCGGAGGGACAAAUCUUUGGUCUCUCCACGAGCGUCUUAAAUGAUUGUGCGGAGAUGGGCGAUGCAAUGGACAGACAAUUGCCAACACAGCGUCAAAUGAAAUCACAACAAAUACAACAGAUGGCUGAGGACCUCAGCACGUCCAGUUGUGGCGGCAGUUUGAGUCACGAGGCAACAACUACACCCUUGGGCUCAACACCCACCCCACCCUCUCCAGUGGUGGUCUCUCAGAGCGCUAUCGAUAUGUUGGCGCAACUUUUUCCGCAUCGGAAACGCUCCGUACUAGAGUUGAUAUUGAAGCGUUGUGACUUGGAUUUGGUGCGCGCAAUCGAGAGUGUUACACCUGCAAUUAGUAACACAGAAGCAACAACCACUGCCACUGCUAGCACAACAAUUAACGCAACAACAGCAAUAAAAACAACGCCCAUACGAAGCGCCUUUAAGCCGGUCAUAGCGGAGUUGUAUUCGCACAAAUCGGGUUUAACUGUGAGUAGUGUUAGCGGCUCUCCCGUAUCCACCGGCUCACCGGCCAUCUGCGCCUAUCCCAAAUGGUUUGUACCGCUCUCUUUUCCCGUUACAAUGGGCCAUCUAUCGAAUUUGGCGCCACGCUGCACCCUUCCCAACUGCACCUGCAUGGAUACGUAUCAAUUCAAUUGAUGCCGCCCGCACACAUCUCCUAAGAAUAAAAUACAACAUAAAUAGG